AUGGGCUGGGGAUCCUCCAGUACACAACGAGCCAAAGUUGCUGCGGGAACCUAUGCGACCACCCGAGGGCACUUCCCCGAAGCGGAGCUGGCGCGGGCGAUGCGCACGCCGCCAGCAGUGCCUGGAGAGGAAGUUGAACUACAAGAAUGCGUCUUGAGUGCUCUUGGCGACAACAACAAGGUGCUGUUCAAUGCCAGACUUCAAGGUCCUGUGCAGGAAGUUCUGAAUUGGGAGGCUACGUGCAAACGCUGCGAACGAAGCAUGAAAGAUCGAAAGCCCGACAAGCAGGCGUUGCAGAUUCCGUAUCCCGUCUUCAUCCCCAGCAGAGGUCGUCCCGCGAAGGCACAUUUGAACUGGCAAGCCACACAUGUCUUCGGCGCACAAAAAGAGGACAAGCCGCCAGGGUUCAAGCCCGUGGUGUGUUUGGUCAUCGAACCAGCAGAAGAGGAGGAAUAUCGAGCGACAUGGCCUUCGUCGCUGAUGCUGAUACUUCCUGAAAGCAAUUGCGGCCCUGGCUAUGCACGCUGGGUUGUUCAGCAAGUUUGCACAAAAUUCUGUUUGGAAGGAGACCCUACGAAUCCACAAAGAUUCCAAAGGAUUUGGAUCGUUGAUGACACCCUGACAAUGUUUUACAGGCUAGCUUUGAUGGAGAAGUUCGUUGGCUGCGGAAGGCUCCGGAGGCCUAAAAGGAUGAAGUACCGCGUGGCCAAUGAAGGUUUGAUGUUCAUGGAGGCACUGUUGGCUGUCCAAAAACAUCAUUUCAUUGGAAGGGCUGCUGUGGCUGGUUUCUUGCGCGAUGAUGGCACUGCAGUGUGCAAGCGGAAUGAUUGGAAGCUGGAUGAGCUUGCCCUCUACAAGGUCGUCAUGUUGGACUUGUGCGAACUUUGGCGACUUGGGGUGGAAUACAUGCCGCAGCUGCAGAUGUAUGAGGACAUUUGCCUGAACCAUGAUGUGCUUACCAGGGGAGGUCAUACGCUCAAGUGUCAGUGCUACGGUUUUCGAGCAGUACACGCCAAGAAGGGUGGAUGCUUGAAGCAGCGAGAUGGACGCCACAAGCCGGGCCAAACGAGGCUCAAGGACCUUGUCCAAAAGACGGCCUUCAGAAGCAUGCAGAAAGACAGGCAAAAGGCAGUGCGGGAGCUGCUUCAAUAG